AUUUCAGCUUCACUCUUUUUCAUUCAGCUAUUGCAAAUCAACAAUAAUUUCACAAAUACAAUCAACUCUCAACAAAAUCAUAUGGCGUUGAACUUCAUCAAUUCAGCUAUCUAAAUCCAAAGCUGAAUAGAAAUGACGAACAAUAUUUUGGCGCUGUUCACAUACAACGUAUUUUCCAAGGAACCCAGUGGAGCUGCGGCGUUUACCCGUAUUCGAUCGCAGCACAAAACAUUCAAUCCACUCAACACAUACACGAACGACGUCGUCUCGCUCGCGUUCUCGUUCGUAUAUGCUCGUGUCAUCGUCGCCGUAGUAGUUCUCGUAGUCGUUGCUGCUGUCGCUGUCGUUCACAUUUUGUUGGUUCGUUCGUUGUUCGUUCGUCUUCUCCUCCGUUCCGUUUGUCGUGUGUGCGGGUACAAAAUGGCUGAACACCAACUGCGAUUGAAGUCGUCGUGAAGGAUUUUUCUAAUGUGUCACACACAAGUCAUAAUAGCUCCGCAUAGAAAAUUUAUAAAAAAAAUUUUCUUUUAUUAUAAAAAAUAAAUAAAUAAUUUAUAUUUCCCCAACAUAACGGGAAAUAAAUAAAUCAAUCAAAUAUUUAUUAAUUACUACCAAGUGCAUGAUUUAUAUUAAUUAAUUUAAUUAAAUUACUUUGGACCAAAAAUCGCAUCAAAUCAAAACAACAAAGACUGUGUUUCGAAAAAAAUCGAAAAAUUAAAAAAAACAAAAAACCUGCAUACAAAAUACAAAAAAAUAAAAUUUGUAUUGGAAUGAAUUUCAAUUGAAACAUGGACGCAUACAAACCACACACAUAGGAGCCUUAAAAAAGAAGACAAAAAAACAGUAUUGCACUUUCUCAUUUCAAUAAACAAAACCAAUAUCUGAAAAGCUUAGCUUUUUAAAAAAUAUUGCAAACAAUACAAAAAACACCUUAAGGAGAAGAAGAAGAACAAACAACUUUUAAAUCAAACUUAAUCCAUCUAAAGAUAUUAUUUGCAUAUCAAAUAACUUCGAAUCAAUUAAAAAACAAAGACAUACAAGUCUCGGAAUUUAUACAUGUUGUAUAUGAAAUCCAAAACACAAAGCAAUCACAAGAUAUCAAAAUCAACAACAACAGCAACAGCAUUAAAACAUCUAGAGACUACAACUAGAGAAAGAGGACAAAAUAAAGCAAUUUUAAUGUAUAUUAGUAACAAUAGUGGCAUGGCUACCUUGUUACAACAAAAGAACUGUAUGAAAACUCUCACAAAUGGCGGUGGUGUCUCUAAUCCAACCAAUAGCAAUGUAUCAUCAUCAUCUGGCGGAUCCACCGUCAUUAAUGGUCCAUCUGCGUCAAUCAAUGCAAAUGGUACCAAUACCAUAGUCACACAUCAUCAUAUCCAUAAUCAUCAUUCGGGGAGCAUUAUGAAUGCAACAACACAACAAACCCGAAUGUUGAGACCGCACGAAAUGGUCAGCAUACCGAUUGGCAGCAUUGUAUCAACUGUUGGCAGCGGUAAUGGCAAUGGCAAUGGUAGCGGUAGCGCAACACAGGGUGCUUUUCUCGUCACUGGAUAUCAAACGACAUCUCAUCAUCAUACUAAUCAUCAUAAUAAUAAUCAUCAUAGUCAGCCAUUGACUGAUCUGAGUGUAUUUACAAGCAGUAGUCAACAACAUAAAAGUAUGUAUAGCCAUAGUAAUCAGCAACAACAUUACAAUGCCUCCUCGUCCUCAGUCACAGCAGCGGCGACAACAACAGCAUCAGGAACCACCACACAAACUCGAUACUUUUCACAAUUUAGCAAUAAUCACCACCAACAGCACCCACAUCAUCAGAAUGAGCUGAAUAGCAUUCUAUAUCCAGUAUCGACGACGUCCUCUGGCACAAAUACCGUCAACAGGAUCGUUUCGAGUAAUCUUCAUUCAGCAUCUUCACCCGCCGCCACAGCCAAUAGCAAUUCGAAUCUUCAUUCGAAUGCAUACAACACAAUUGUGAAGCAAGAGCUUCACCCACCGAACUCCUCUUCUUCAAAUCAGCUUCCUCACCUGCAAAUUAAUCAGCCUGCUAUCAAAACCGAGCCGCAAUUUGAUGAGCAGCGGGUCAAUGGAGAUAAGGAACUGCAGACUUUUAUACCAAAUGGUAAUCUUCCUUCCACCAACCUUCCCAAUGGAAAUGCUACUGAACAAGAAGUUGCAACUCCACCAGCUGUAAUAGAAGAAGCAGAACCAGAACCAGAGAUUGAUAUAGUUAUAAAUAAUGUUGUGUGCUCGUUUAGCGUGCGAUGUCACUUGAAUUUGCGUGAGAUCGCAUUGCAAGGUUUCAAUGUGGAAUUUCGACGUGAGAACGGUAUGGUUACUAUGAAAUUGAGGCGUCCAUAUACAACGGCUUCAAUCUGGUCAUCGGGACGUAUAACAUGUACUGGUGCUACAUCCGAGGAUCAGGCUAAAAUUGCGGCUCGCCGCUACGCACGUUGCCUUCAGAAAUUGGGAUUUAGAGUACGCUUUAAUAAUUUCCGGGUUGUAAAUGUUUUGGGCACGUGUAGUAUGCCAUUUGCCAUUAAAAUUGUCAACUUUUCGGAGAAAUACAAAAAGGAAGCUAGCUACGAGCCUGAAUUGCAUCCUGGUGUAACAUACAAGUUACGAUACCCUAAGGCCACAUUGAAGAUCUUUUCAACUGGAAGCAUUACUGUUACUGCUGCCAGUGUGGCAAACGUUCAAGCUGCCAUAGAACACAUCUUUCCUCUGGUUUAUGAGUUUCGUAAAAAACGUACUCCCGAAGAAUUGGAAAUACUGAGACUUAAACAACAACAACAACAACAGCAACAUCAUGUUGAAGUCGACGAUACCGAUGCCGAAACUGUUGUACAUUCCCCGCCUUCAGCCAAAAGAAAACGAAGAAGAAACGAUGGUGAUAAUCAAGAAGAAGAUGUCGAUGAUCCUACUACUGUGACCGAACCAAAUGCCACAGAUGAUAUUAUAAUGGUCUCAGAGUAUGAUGAUCCAGAAGACUUGAUCGAAGGUCCUGACGACGAAGAUGAUGAUUUGUAAGUGCGCACUACAACAUUCUGUGUGGCGCAAAUUGGCUUGCAAUUGCAAUUAUCACUAAAUAAAAUUUAAAAAAAUAAAUCACCAUCAACAAAACUUCCUUACUCACAAUUUAUAAAAAAUAUAAAUGCAAUUAAAUACCAAAAUAAGCAACAAAAUUAAACAUCUACGAGAAUACCAGCUAACAUGAUAGUAGGGAAACAAAAAAAUCAAAUGUUUUUGCUUUUAUAAUGAAAAAAUAUUUAAAAAAAGGUAUGUCACAAGGACAUAUUUGGAACAAGGAACUUAAUAGGGAAUCAACAACUAUUUUCAAUUUUGAGAUAAAUAAUGUAACUGACAUUAAAAAAAAAAACAAAAAACAAUACAUAUAUAUACAAUACAUAUAAAGGAUUUUAAUGAUUUUAGCAAGAAAGAAAAAAAAAACUGAAAACAAAAAUAUGUAAUGCGAAACAUAAAAGAGCGAUUCAUGCUUAAAACAUAAACAAUGACAUAUGUCUUCAUAUAAAAAAAAUUUCCUGCUAUUUGCCAAAAAUUAUUAAAAAAAAAAACAAAACAAAUAACUAGAUGAUAGCAUUUCGUUGAUGAUAUCGUGGAGCUAUAAAUAUUAACUUUAAGAUUUCGGCGCGCUUUGCUUUUAUAUCAAAAUAAUUUAGGAGAAACAAAAUACAUAAUGAGGAAGCAAAUAAAAAAAAACGUAAAUACAUACAUAUAUAAAUAAUAAUAAUAAAAAAAAACAUAAAUAAAUAAAAGAAAACCACCGUCAGAGAUAAAUAAUUUAAUAUUAAAUUAUUUAUAUCAAGUGUUUUAAGUUAUUGUUACUACUAUUAUAUUACUAUUAAUUAAUUAUUAUUAUUAUUUUAUUUUUAUUUUUUUUUUUUCAAUUAAUGUUAUAUCCAAUAACAUUUAACUUUAUCUUAUCUGGUCACAUACAAACCAAUAACUUAAUUUUUCCUUUUGUUAAUAUAUUUUUUCUUCUCAUUACAAACAAACAAAAAAAAACAACAAAAAAAAACAUAAACAAAUUACUAUCAAUAUCGAAAACUGUAACAAAAAAAAAAUAAAUAAAAAAAAAACUGCAAUCAAAUUCAAAACAUUUUUUCUGCAUAAAGAACAAAAAAACAAAAGGCAAUGCAAAUCAUCCUAACAGACAAAUAAUUUAUGUUUAUAUAUUGUUCCUCAUGUUUAGUAAAUUAAAAAAGAAAAAUAAAUUAACAAAAAAAAAAAAAUAUA